UUUGAGCUAUGGGCGAGGGUUCAUCGAACGAUAGCUCUGGUGGUACCACUGGUCCACUGCGCACCCCGUGUCUGACCCAAUCUGGCUACCAUUCUGUCAAAGAUGGAACCAAAAUUUACUACGAAUUGCAUGGAACGGGUGAGCACAAAGUUGUGCUAGUUGCUGGUUUCGUUACAACGGCUUUGACAUGGAGACAGCUCGCCCCUUUUUUGGCGCAGUAUCCUGUUGACGGCGGAUUCCAGGUCGUUUGCAUGGAUAACCGUGGGUGUGGACGUUCUGACCGACCUUCCGGCCGCUAUUCGACGACGCUCCUUGCGAGCGACGUUUAUUCACUGUUGAAGAGUCGGUUGCACCUGGAAAAGUAUCAUCUUUUGGGCCAUAGCAUGGGAGGCAUGAUAGCCCAGGAGCUGGCCCUAAUGGACACUCAGAGCAUACUGUCUCUCACUCUGUAUUCAACCCACGCGGGAGGAACUAGGGGAAUUAUACCUUUGGGCGCUAGCAAGCUGUUUUAUCACUACUACAAGCCUAGGUCGACCGUAGAACAAGUCUCCGACGCCAUUUUGGGUCUCCAAUUUCCUUCAAAAUAUCUAUCUGGGGCCUGUCCGAUUUCCCCCUAUAAAACAUGGGGCGAAUACCAAAAAAAAAUGUUACUAGAGGACUUGGAAUGCGGGCAUGGGUAUAAAACGGUCUGUGCCAGCGGACAACUUUUCGCCGCUUUCGGCCACCGUGUUACCAGAAGCCGCCUGAACUCCCUGCGCGAAUCUCUCCUGAACAAUAGAGCACCGAUUCUAGUUAUCAAUGGAUCCACCGAUGAUUUCAUACGAACUUCGAACAGCCAAUACUUGUCUGAAGUGUUACAAUGUCCAUUGAAAAUUAUCGACGGGUGCGGUCAUAUGUCUCACCUGCAGGACUUUGAUAGGUUCAGCGAAGUGUUUGUGGAACACCUGAAUGAGGCCAUACGUAAGCAUGGAAGUGAACCCGAGGCAGAUAAAACAGCAGAGAAAUCUGAUGAUAUCCUAUAAAAAAAAAUCCAAUGAACUGAUACCAAAAAAAUUUCAAUUUGGCAGGUUUAGGGAAUAGCAGAGCAAAA